GCAUGCGCACCAACUGAGUCGGACUGGGAAGCAAACUGUGCGCGGCAACAGAAGAACAUCACUGGUGGAAUACCUGAAGCUGUUCUAUCCGUUCAGCAAAUGACACCUUUUGCUAGAUCCCACUUCGUGAACGCCGUGUCGCUUAUAAAAUCGAAAGGCACGUAGCAUGUAGCUGGCCUGCCGGACCGCUAGCUACCUGUAGUUGAGUUUAACAUCAAGCUAACUGCAGCGUUGUCCGCGCAUCAACAUGGCACAUUGGAGCACUUUCGAAAAAGAGACAGAAAGAGAAACCAAGAGGUUAAUAGGAUGCAUCACCGGGGUAGAGGAUGAGGGGGACCAGAAUUAUCAGCUGGCGCUGAAAUUUGCUUGGUCAAAUUUUAGAUUCCACCGCUACCUGGACGUGGACAGUCAUAAAGUACAACGCAGUAUUAGUGGAAUCCAUGAAAAGCUCAUGGUUCACUCAGACCUGAAAAAAGCAGAAAGCUGGAUGAGGCUGACUGAAGAGUUCCUGAAGUCACCAUUACCUAAUACAGAUGGGGCAAAAACUGACGUACACUACAGCAUACUGUCACUCCUGCUCUUCUUGUCUGGGUCCCCUUCAAACACCAACUUUACCGAAAGACCCCGUGUGAAGGAGGCUGAACCAGAGGACAAUUUUGAUUGGGUCAAAUAUUUGAUGGAGGGUGAGGAUGUUGACAUUGGACCAUACCCAGAUACCCCAGAGUGGUCUGAGGAGGAGAGUGAGGACAAUGACAGUCAACAGCCAAUCAGUAGAGAGGACUCCGGAAUUCAGCUGGAUAGAACACCCCAAGAGGACCAGGACAACACCAACAAGACAUGUCCAGUGACAUGGACAGUUGGUGAACCCGAAGCCCGGACUUGGCUUGAACAGCACGUGGUGACAUCGUACUGGGCUGCUCAUGCUCCUCGUUUUCCUCACAGCCUACAUUUACACUCCAACUUGCUCAAUGUUUGGGACCAGCACUUGUACAACACUGAUCCAUUGUAUCUGCCAGAAGAAAAGGCCUUUGUCACAGAGAGCCAAGUAAUACGCGAAACACUGUGGCUUCUGUCUGGAGUGAAGAAACACUUUAUUUUUCAACACCACGAUGGAAAAGUGUCAGUGAGGAAUAACGUAGUGGUGACUCACCUGACCAGUAACUGCUUGCACUCUGUGCUGGAGCACAUCGCCGUGUAUGGGCAGGCAGUGUUCAGGCUCCAGAAGUUCAUAGACGAGGUGACGGGGUACAGCUCGGAACCUUGCCCACCCGGCUCCAGUUCUUCCUACAGCUCCAAGAAGGGCUCUGAGCCUCCCUUUAGGACCUACCAGGCUUUUGUGUGGGCACUCAACAAGUACUUUACCGGCUUCAAAGAGGAGUUGACCACGAUUGAAAGAGAGCUCAUAUGUAACGAUGAAACUGUGACCCUGUCUGCAGUGCUGGAGCGACUAAGCCCUCACUUAGCACAGAUAAAAGUACUGUACAAAGUCUUCUGCACCGGGGUUGCUGAAGUCCCCCCUGAGACUCCAAAUGUUGUUCGGGCCUCACACUUACUCAACACCUUGUACAAGGCUAUCAUUGAGUACGAUAGUGUGGGAGAAGCUUCAGAACAAGCUGUGGGUCUGCUUUUUUCUCUUUGGAUGGAGACAGUUAGACCAUAUUUGGAGAUUGUAGAUGAAUGGAUUGUUCAUGGCCACCUGUUUGACCCUGCUAAAGAAUUCAUCAUCCAAAGGAACAAGGAUGUGCCUGUUAAUCACAGGGAUUUCUGGUAUGCCACCUACACACUGUACAGUGUGUCAGAGAUGGUGGAGAAUGAGGAAAAGGUGAACGACGCAGCCAGCGGAAGCUCUGGGGGAGAUCAGGCCCCCAGCAACAGGCAGCUCACAAUGGUGUCCUUCCUCAAGCCUGUCCUCAAACAGAUUAUCAUGGCAGGGAAAUCCAUGCAGCUGCUCAAAAACUUGGACUGUAGAGAAGCGCAGCAAUCUCAGAGAGCAUCUAGAGAUGCAGACAGGAAGAGCCUUUACACACUCUUCCUGGAGUCGGUGCAGUCACGGCUGUGUAGCCAAGACGAAUAUCCAGCAGACACGGUAACUGAGCAACAAGCCACCAAGAGGAGCCUUAUAAAGAUGCAGUCCAUUGUGGCGCAACAUCUGGAGUUCGAAGACGUCCAUGAUCCGCUACUGGCCAUUAACUUUGCCCGGCUCUUCUUGGAACAGAGUGAUUUCGAUGAGCGAUUUUCCGGAGGAGAUUUCAUUGUGGACCGCUCUUCUCAGUCUGUCACCUGCCAGACGUUUGAGCUCACCCUGCGGUCGUGCCUCUACCCCCACAUCGAAAGGAGGUACAUCGAGUGCUGUGGGAACCUGAUGAUGACACUGAAAAAGGACUAUAAGCUGCUAGAAUAUCUCCAAGCAAUGAGGAAUUACUUCCUGCUGGAAGCUGGAGACACUAUGUACGACUUUUAUACAGCCAUCUUUGACAAAGUGCAGGAGAAAGAGAACUGGCAGCAGCCGUCUUUUCUCAACGUGCAGCUGCAGGAGGCAGUGGGACAGCGCUACCCAGAGGACAGUAGCAGGCUCUCAGUUUUCUUGGAUAACAUUGAUCCUUCCAGGAAGAAACACCCUGUGAAUAAUCUAGAAGUGCUCACUCUCAGUUACAAGGUUCCCUGGCCUGUUGAUAUUGUGAUCAGCUCAGAAUGUCAGAAGAUAUACAAUCAAGUGUUUCUUCUCUUGCUACAGAUCAAAUGGGCCAAAUACAAUUUAGACACACUACGAUUUAGUGAUUUUACUGAAGUCACUAAGAAACUGGAGGGUGGACUGAGUGAGGAAGUAAAAGUAAAAGAGCCUGUAAAUCAGCAAAUUCACCGAAUGUGUCUGCUGAGGGUCAAACUGAUGCAUUUUGUCAACAGCCUGCACAACUACAUCAUGACCAGGAUUCUGCACAGCACCGGGCUGGAGUUUCAGCACCAAGUACAGGAAGCUAAGGACCUGGACCAGCUGAUAAAGAUCCACUACAGAUAUUUGGCAACCAUCCAUGACCGCUGUUUGCUGAGGGAGAAGGUCAGUUUUGUGAAGGAGGCAAUAAUGAAGGUUCUCAAUCUGGUUCUCAUCUUCUCUGACCGAUGGCAAGCUGGAUUUGGAGCCUGGAAGAUUGAAUCAAUCGAUAAAAUGGAGUCGGAUUUCAAAAAUUGUCACAUGUUCCUUGUUACAAUUCUCAAUAAAGCUGUUUGCCGUGGCUCCUUCCCUCACUUGGAGUCUCUGGCUCUCUCGCUGAUGGCAGGCUUUGAGCAGUGCUGAUGAACCUUCAGUGUGUUGGUGAAAUGGAUUGAGCCCCCUCUCGCCUUGUCUGUCUCAAUGUGGUCUGUUGGAGAUGGACUAUGAGUCGGAGUUCAACAGAAUUUAAAACAUACAUUAGCUUCUGUGUUUGAAAAUGCUUUUUUAAAGGUGAUUUUUGUGAACUGUUAUUCUGAUUGUUGAUAAUGUGUAUGUGUUAAGCACAAUGAUUCGUGCACAGUGAUGUAAAUGUUGUAUAAAAGUAUUAACAGCACAGUUAAGUUAUUAGUAAUGACAGUGAUGCAGAUUCAGCCGUUGACAGUUUGCACUUGAUAAAAUACAAGAGAGCUUUUUCAAAGAUUUGAUACACCACUCAAUAAAUGUGUUUAAAGCCA